AUGUCAUCUGCUCUGCUGUCCGAGGCUGCGCGCAUUGCCAGCCAGUUCGAUUACCCCGCUGCUGAGGUGCAACGUGGAGUAACGGAAUACAUUCGCGAGAUCGAUGAAGGUCUGUCCAAGGAGCACACGACCCUCAGUCAGAUCCCGACCUAUGUCACGGCAGUGCCCAAUGGCACGGAAAAGGGUUUGUACCUGGCAGUAGAUCUCGGCGGCACCAACUUCCGCGUGUGCUCGAUCGAUCUACAUGGAGACACUACCUUCUCCCUUACCCAGUCCAAGAUCAUGAUUCCUCGUGAGACCAUGGCGUCCGGUACGGCCAAGGAUCUCUUCUUGUUCUUGGCCCGCCAGAUCGAAUCGUUCCUGCGCAUUCACCACAACGACCACUUCGAAGCUCACCUGCGACGCCGCAAUGAGAAGAAUGGCAACUGUGAAGAGGACCUGUUCGACUUGGGUUUCACCUUCAGUUUCCCCGUGCGUCAGCUGGGCAUUAACAAGGGUACCCUGAUUCGCUGGACGAAGGGCUUCAACAUUCCCGAUGCGGUGGGUCAAGAUGUCUGUGCCUUGCUGCAGAACGCCAUCGAUGAUCUGGGACUCCCGGUGCGCGUGGCUGCCUUGGUCAACGACACUGUCGGAACUCUGAUGGCUCGUUCAUACACUUCUCCUGGAGAGACGGGCACGUUCCUGGGUGCUAUCUUCGGCACGGGCACCAAUGGCGCCUAUGUGGAGAAGCUGGACCGCAUCACGAAGCUGCAGACCAUUGAACACUCCGAGUACGACAAGACCACCGGGGAGAUGAUCAUCAACGCCGAAUGGGGCAGUUUCGACAACCACCUGAGUGUCCUCCCGAACACCAUCUACGACCAGCAGCUCGAUGCCGACAGCAACAACCCGGGCAUCCAGAUGUUCGAGAAGCGCGUCUCGGGUAUGUUCCUGGGCGAGAUCUUGCGCCGCGUCAUGCUGGACAUGCAGCGCAACGAAUCUCUGGGCUUCCUCAAGACUGGCGGGGCUUCCACGGUGUCUGUGCCCAAGGAGUCUUCCCUGUACCGCCAGUGGGGUAUUGACACCAGCUUGUUGAGUCUGGUCGAGGCCGACAAGACCGAGAAUAUGGAGCAGAUCAAGGUCGCUUUGAAGGACCACCUCAAGAUCGAACGCCCCACCACCGACGACUGCAAGGCCAUCCAGACCGUUGUUCAUGCCAUUGGCAAGCGUGCUGCUCGUCUGAGUGCCGUCCCGCUGGCUGCUGUCCUCCUCUCUACUGGCAAGCUGCAAAAGGACGACCUCGUAGAUAUUGGUGUUGAUGGCAGUCUGGUCGAGUUCUACCCCAACUUCGAAGGCUACAUGCGCGAUGCCCUCCGCGAAGUGCCCGAGGUUGGCGAAGCCGGCAACAAGAAGAUCCGCAUUGGUAUCUCCAAGGAUGGCAGCGGCGUGGGUGCUGCUCUGAUCGCCCUCGUCGCUAGCAAGGAGGAUGCCCGCAGAAAGGCGCAAUAG